UGGGCAACUGCCGUGAGAAAUAAGAUUGGCGGUUUAUCUAGACUUCCGACUCGUUCUAACUGCCCACCAGUCGUCGUUUUGCCAUAGUCAUACUGUAUUACUCCCCCUGAGGUGCCAGUCGGCUUGCUGACCACCACAUCCCCUAGCCGAAUAUCGACAUCCGGGGUUGGAGCCCCGCCUCCAAUGCCGACCAUCAGCGCUGACUGGAUUUGGGGGAAGGUAAAACGCAUCUGCACAACACUCGCAGUAGCUGAGAUGACUCCGUAUAUCCCAGUUGGAAGGCAGGCGAUCGCAACGUUAUGGUUGCCAAUCCUCCCUAGCGUAUAGGUAUUGCUGUCAUUCGGUGACUGUGGCAGGGGCUGGUGAACUUCUUCAAGCAUCACCGAGGCGGCUGCCAUUUCCAAGGGCAGCGCGCAAACCCAUCCCAUAAGAUAGUCACUGUGUGACAGCCUCGUGCUCCAAGACAUCACGUAGUUGGACACCAGUUUCCUAGUCCUGGCUAGGGGUGCGCAUGGCUUGGCUUCACGGUGUGAAUAUCGAAGAAACAGUUGUAGAGUUGGAAUACAGAACCUGAACCUCAAGUUGAAGACAUUUUGAUAUGGAGAAGACGGUGAAAGUGAUGGGAUCCUUCUGUGGGUGUCGUGGCUGAGAAAUAAAAGGCAAGCACUGCCUCGUGUUACCUCUCAGCCCCAACACUGAACCCCCGCGGCGUCUGACCACAUGAUCGGACUAAGAGCUUCCUCUCAUCUCAGAACUCUUGUGUUAAGCCCUUUUCCAUCCCAAGGGUCUCCCAGAGCCAUGCAUCCCGAGCACCGUCAUAAUUGACGAGCCUCGGGCUUCUCGGCCUUUGUCAUGUUCUCGCGUUUCCCUUCGCCUUGCCUGCCUCGCCUGCCAGAUGAGCCCACGCAGAAACGCCAAAAACUCUUCCAUCCAGUGACUGAAUCAGCUGUCAUUCCCAGCGAUCAGAACGACUACUUCGAUCUCCAGGUCGAUUCCGUCGAUGGCUCGAUAAAAAAUGAAUCCCUUUCUGCCGAGUCCGCUGCGAUUUCACCUUGGUCGCUUUCCACAACGGUCGAGAAUUUCUCUCGGAUUAGUUCGUCAAAUUCGUCGGUCGGCCAGAGCACGCCAGUCUUUUCCGACUGUUGCACAGAACAAGCCGGCGAUAACGAUUCCAUAUCGGCCUGUUUAAAUGGCCCAAAAUCAAACGGACAUGACUUGGAGCUUCCAAGCGCCUCUGGGGAAAGCACAAAGCAGGGUGGAUUAGUAUGCUUUGGGGCGGUGCUUGAUCUCCCCUUUGUCCCGUCCCCCUCCGCUCCACCCGCUCCCACCGAUCUCCCCACUACCCGCCUUGCCUACAACCCAUCCAACGCCCUUCUCUCCGAAGCCACAACCGAGCAGCCUGUGGGGUCAGUGGCGAAUCCAGAAACCCAACAAUUCCUCUCCAUUCUCGCCCAAGAAGAAGGCAUUGAGCUUCAGAUCCAGUUACGUCGCGAAAAACGUGCCAAGAAGGCGUACGGCAAUAAGGGGAAAGGAGGUGUCUCGCUCAGCUUAAGGCUGAAUGUUAUCGUGUACGGCCCCGUCGAUCUUUUCGACGAUAUCGGAGACUUUAUUCAGGAAAACGGCCAUUACCUCCAGGAACCGAGCCACUGCGACCGCAAUGUACCCUACCGUAACCCGCAUUGUAUGUCGGGUGAAGACGAUGAAGUGCCCUUCACAUUUGAUCUUGGAAAGCAGGAAGAUGACUUUGUCCCGGCCAAAGUACCUAAUCUUUUGUUCUGUUUGGAAACUUGUGAAGUACUCCCAGAAGACCACGAUCCUCCGGGCUUGACAACUUCACUUUACGGUCAUCAGAAGCAGGCACUCACGUUCAUGAAGCGGCGAGAGAACGGAUGGUCGCUCCAGAAUCCGGGGUCCGACUUGUGGAGCGCGGAGAUAACGUCCACAGGAGAAAGAAACUACAUCAAUAACAUAACCGGAGACCUGGCUCACCACCCACCUCCCGUCUUUCGAGGAGGUAUACUUGCGGAUGACAUGGGUCUCGGCAAAACGCUUACCAUUAUCGCAUUGGUUGCGUCCGGAUAUCCACAGUCCCCAGACGUCAUGCGGUGGGCCCAGGAGAAGGAAACAGCAUUUCGCCAGGUACCUAAAGAACGCGUAGGCCUAUUCCAGCCACUUGGAGGCGACAAGCAACUCGAAUACGCGCCGUCGACUCUUCUUGUCGUCCCCUCGUCUGUUCUUCAGCAAUGGGAAACUCAACUCAAUCAGCAUCUGCAAAGAAACGGUUCAGUACGCUGGACCUUUCACCAUGGAUCAUCGAAGAUCAAGGCACGAGAACAGAUCAAAGACUAUGCGAUUGUGGCAACCACCUUUCCGACAUUGGUAUCGGAGUACCAAAAAGCCGAGAGUCCACUUUUCACUACAUUCUGGCGCCGAAUAGUGCUGGACGAGGCGCACUGCAUCCGGAAUAGGCAUACCGUUACCGCCAGAGCUAUAUUUGACCUAGAAGGACAUUCGCGGUGGGCAGUGACUGGCACUCCAAUUCAAAACCGCGUAUCCGACUUCGCCAGCCUUCUACAAUUUCUCAGGGUACAUCCCUACUGCGAUCGGAAGGUCUUCGCCGAAGACAUUGUCAAUGUUUGGCGAUCGGAAGAUGAAAACCUUGCCCUAGACCGUCUAAAGCGCCUUUUCAAGUACAUCAGUAUCCGACGUUCGAAGACAAUCUUAGACCUUCCCAAAAGGACGGAUCUUGUGCGCUACCUCCAGUUUGACGAUGACGAGUGGGCUGCCUACAAGGCCCUUGAGAAUCCGAUUGUCACAAUGAUCGACGGGGAGCUGCAGAGCGACAACCAACGCGCAAAUCAGUACAUGGAGGCUCUAGCGAAGAUCAGUCUACUGCGGAGGUUUUGCAAUUUUGGUCCCACCCUACCAGAGUUUGAAGUCUCUGACAGCUGUGCCAGCUCUCCCGCUCGGAGCCAAGGACUCUAUGUACAAGAUCUCCUUGAUGAUCUUUUGAGCUCUGGACAAGGCCUUUGUUCAAACUGCAACAGUGCAAUCAAUGCCAUGCAAAUUGAUAUGGCAGGGGCCAUCGCCUACUGGACUCAGUGCUCCAGUCUUAUUUGUUGUGCGUGCUACCGUCCGACCAUGAAUGGACGUGACUCGAAAAUUCAGUCCAAUAUGUGCGUUGGUCACAUACCCUGCGACAUAAUACCGGUGCCACCUCCAGGUGGGCUAUCCUACAGAACGUCCGUUCCAUUUCUACAAAUGCCGACCAAGGUGAGGUCUCUUCAAGAGGAGCUACUUCGACACGGAGAUGAGAAAAGCGUGGUUUUCUCGUCCUGGACCACAACCUUUGACAUGAUUCAGUCCAUGCUCGACGCUUCACAGAUCUCAUAUGUUCGUAUUGACGGCAAGGUGUCACAAAGAAACCGGGCAUCAGCACUGUCGAGGUUUCAGACAGACUCUUCAAUUCAGGUGAUGCUUCUUUCGAUAUUCUGCGGGGCGGAAGGCUUGAACAUUACCGCCGCCUCCCGAGUGUACCUCAUGGAGCCUCAGUGGAAUCCGAACAUAGAAUCACAGGCCCUGGCACGAGUGCACCGUCUCGGACAGACGCGAGAAGUGACCACAAUAAUGUUCAUCAUGAAAGACUCGAUAGAAAGUCACGUUAUCAAUGUACAGGAUCGGAAAAAGCACCUCGGAGACCUUUUGCUUUCGCAAAGCCGGGGCGGCGCAGAAGUGAACCGCGCUCGGUUGCAACAUCUACGGAGUUUACUGAAUUGACCCAUUGCAUUUCCGGGGGAUAUAUAGGGCAUAUCAUUGGGACGGUAUUAGCGAGUUGGGCUCAUAGUUAUGGUUUAUGAUCUUGUUCUUUUUGUUUGUUUAUAGAGAUACCCUGCAUACCCUGCAUGUUAUAUCUUGGCGCCUGUUCGAGUGUUCCAAAGCCGCAGUUCUAGAAUAACCGUCACACAUCAAUCUCAAUCCUUCAGCCC